CGCUCUCUCCCCCUUAAUCGUCGCCGGGCGCCGGGAUGGGCAGGGCGCUGGCGGCCGGGUGUCUCCUGCUCCUGGUGGCCGCGGCCGCCGGGCGAGGCCGGGCUGCCUUCAGCCUCCCGCUGCGCGUGUCUCCGCCGAGCGCCCCCGACGGCUCGCUCGUCCCGGUGCCUGUGGCGCUGAAGCCGCGGGGCGGCAACGGGACCGGCGGCAGCGCGGAGCAGGAGCAAGAGGCGGAGGGCUUGGCCUUGGCUUCCGACCCCAGCGGCGCCGUCAACUUUAUGGCCAUGGUGGACAACCUGCAGGGGGACUCGGGACGCGGCUACUACCUCGAGCUGCUGCUCGGCACCCCGCCCCAGAAGCUAAAUAUUUUGGUUGACACUGGAAGUAGCAAUUUUGCUGUUGCAGGAGUACCAAAUGCAGAUCUGACCUCCUACUUCAACACAAAAGUAUCAAGCACAUAUAAGUUACUGGGCACUGUGGUCUCUGUUAAAUAUACCCAAGGAAGCUGGAUAGGGACUCUCGGCACAGAUGUUGUUACCAUCCCUAAAGGAAUCAACGGCACUUUUACCAUCAACAUUGUAACCAUCUCUGAGUCAGAGAAUUUCUUUUUGAAAGGUGUUCAAUGGCAUGGGAUCCUUGGACUUGCCUAUGAUGCCUUGGCUAAGCCCUCAAGUUCUGUGGAGACAUUUUUUGAUUCCCUUGUGAAUCAAGCAAAGAUCCCCAAUAUAUUUUCCUUACAGAUGUGUGGAGCUGGAUUGCCAGUUACUGGAACUGGUACCAAUGGAGGUAGUCUUGUCCUGGGUGGAAUUGAACCAAGCCUAUACAAGGGGGAAAUCUGGUACACACCUGUUGAGAAAGAGUGGUAUUAUCAGGUUGAAAUACUCAAAUUGGAAGUUGGAGGAGAGAACCUUAACUUGGACUGUAAAGAGUACAACUCGGAUAAAGCCAUUGUAGACAGCGGCACCACACUCCUGCGCCUGCCAGAAAAAGUCUUCAGUGCUGUUGUGGGAGCAAUUAUACAGAAAUCCUUGAUUCAAGAAUUCUCACCUGGAUUUUGGAAUGGUGUACAGCUUGCUUGCUGGGCUAAAACUGAACAGCCUUGGACCUUCUUUCCAGAGAUAUCUAUCUAUCUGAGAGAUGAAAAUUCCAGCAGAUCAUUCAGGAUCACUGUCUUUCCACAGCUUUAUAUUCAGCCUGCUUUUGAGACUAGUCAGAAUUUACGCUGUUAUCGUUUUGGCAUCUCCUCUUCUCCCAAUGCCCUGGUCAUUGGCGCGACAGUGAUGGAAGGAUUCUAUGUCAUCUUUGAUAGAGCUCAAAAGAGAGUGGGCUUUGCAUUAAGUACUUGUGCUGAAAUUGGAGGUUCUCCAGUAUCUGGGAUUGAAGGUCCUUUUGAAACUACGGAUGUAGCAAGGACCUGUGUGUCCACAAUAUCCUUCCAUGAACCGUUGUUGUGGAUUGUGUCCUAUGCACUGAUGAGCUUCUGCGGACUUGUCCUUCUGGUGCUCAUUGUCUUACUGCUCCUGCCUGCUCGCUGUCGUCGUCAGUAUUCUGACAAUGACAUUGUAAAUGAUGAAUCGUCCUUAGUACGGCAUCGAUGGAAAUGAAGUAUUCAGUCCAAGCUCAAGGAAUACUUGCACUUUGCUUAGCAGUACUAUGGACAGGCUGUUCCAACCAAAGGUAGAAGUCCAGGCUUCACUCCUUGCAAACCUAAGCACAUGUUUCACCAGAAGAUGUUCUCCAAUUCUGCUGCCUCAUAAUUUCUAAGCUUUUUUUUCUAACAAUUUUUUGAACCAAAUACAUAUACUGUAUAAUCACUCCAAGUGCUACUCUGCUUCUCUAGUUGACAAUCAUGCAGCACAGCCAAUAAGUACAUUUUUUAAAAUGCUAAAUACUUAUUCCAUAGUUCCAAAAAGAUUGGCUUCUCUCUUCCCAUCCCCACCCCACUCUAUGAAAAAAACAAAAAUGUUUGCAUGUGUUUGGUAAGCCGUUAUUCAAACUUUGGAUGCCAAAUCAUAGUGAUGAACCAAAAGCUUUAUUUAUGUCUGUUUUUCUUAUUAUCCCCAUUCUAAAAUAUUUUUU